AUGACUGUUACCAACGGUGUUCAUGUUCACAAGUCGGUGCCUUCAGCUCUGCCUUUGGUGCAGAAGCUGUCCAAGGACCAUGAUCUUGUUCUCAAGACAUUCCGUCUGUUGAUCGCAGAUCUCUGCCAGCAGUUUAGCGGUGGCCACCCUGGUGGUGCCGUUGGCAUGGCCGCGAUUGGUGUCUCUCUGUGGAAGUAUGUGAUGCGCUAUGCGCCGCACACUCCCGACUUCUUCAACCGGGAUCGCUUCGUUCUUUCCAACGGCCACACUUGUCUCUUCCAAUACAGCUUCUUACACUUGACCGGAUACAAAGCUAUGACCCUCGAGCAGCUCAAGUCCUACCACUCAGAUCGCGUGGAUGCACUUUGCCCUGGACACCCGGAGAUCGAGCAUGAGGGUAUUGAAGUCACCACAGGUCCCUUAGGCCAAGGUAUUGCGAACGCAGUUGGUCUCGCCAUGGCCACCAAGAACCUGGCUGCCACCUACAACCGCCCCGGUUAUGAUGUUGUUGACAAUCACACGUGGUGUAUGAUUGGUGACGCUUGCUUGCAAGAGGGCGUCGGCCUCGAGGCAAUCUCCCUUGCUGGUCACUUUCGCCUGAACAAUCUCACUGUCAUGUAUGACAACAACCAGAUUACCUGCGACGGGUCCGUCGAUCUUACAAACACGGAGGAUGUGAACGCCAAGAUGCGUGCCUGUGGCUGGAAUGUGAUCGACGUCGAAGAUGGUUGUUUCGACAUCGAGGGAAUCGUAAGCGCCUUGGAGCAGGCACGGGCGUCCAAAGACAAGCCUACUUUCAUCAAUGUCCGCACUGUCAUUGGCCUCGACAGCAGCGUCGCUGGCACUGCCGUCGCUCACGGCGCUGCAUAUGGUACCAGCAGUGUUGCCGAUAUUAAGACUCUCUAUGGCUUUGACCCGGAAGAUCACUUUGUCAUUGGUGACACCGCUCGUGAAUUUUUCAAGGGGCUACCAGCUCGCGGUCAGAAUUAUGUUCAGGAAUGGGAUCAGCUGGUGAACAACUACACGACCGAAUAUCCUGAGCUUGGGGCAGAGUUCCAAGCCCGUGUGCGAGGCGAGCUGCCUGCAGACUGGCAGAAGUACAUCCCGACGAACUUCCCCGAGAAGCCUACUGCCUCGCGUGCUUCAUCUGGUCUCGUCUUCAACCCUAUCGCGAAGGAGCUGAAGACCUUCAUGGUCGGCACGGCCGAUUUAUCUCCGUCGGUCAACAUGAUCUGGCCCGGCAAGGUAGAUUUCCAGCACCCCGACUUGCGCACUAACUGCAAGAUCGACGGCAACUACUCUGGCCGUUAUAUUCACUGGGGUGUUCGUGAGCACGCAAUGGCUGCUGUCUCCAACGGUCUUGCGGCCUAUGCCCCCAAUACCAUCAUCCCCGUCACAUCCUCUUUCUUCAUGUUCUACCUUUACGCCGCGCCAGCAGUCCGCAUGGGCGCCUUGCAACAUCUCCAGAUUAUUCAUGUCGCCACUCACGACUCCAUUGGCAUGGGUGAGGAUGGCCCUACCCAUCAGCCCAUUGAACUGGCUGCAUUGUAUCGUGCCAUGCCAAACCUGCUUUAUAUCCGUCCCGGCGACAGCGAAGAGACUGCCGGUGCUUGGAUCGCUGCUAUCAAUGCCAAGAAGACCCCAAGUAUUAUCUCGACUUCGCGCCAAGUCCUUCCCCAGCUUACGAACACUCGUCGUGAUGGUGUCGCACUCGGCGCCUACGUUCUUUCGGAGAAUGAAUCAGCUUCAGUAACCCUAAUCGGUGUUGGAGCCGAGCUUUCCUUUGCUUUGGAGGUAGCCGAGAAGCUGAAGACCGAGAAGGGUGUUACUGCUCGGGUUGUCAGCUUCCCCUGCCAGCGCCUGUUCGAGCAGCAGACACUCCAGUACAAGCGUGAUACUCUUCGUCGGCAUCAGGGUAUCUCCGCCGUGGUUAUUGAGCCGUAUGCGCCGAACGGCUGGGAGCGGUACGCGGAUGCGGGCAUUUCUGUGAAGCGUUUCGGUCACAGUCUGCCUGGCAAGGCGGCAUACAAGUUCUUUGGCUACGAUAUCGAGACAUUGACAGCUAAGGUUGCGGACUACUUAGAUCAAAUCAAAGGAGGCGAGCUCCUUCGCGGCGAAUUUGUUGAAUUGUGA